AUGCAUAUAGUAUCUUCCUCUUCAUUCUCACCUUUCCAUGCAUAUAGCUUAGCUAGCUCCUUCACCUCCUUAGUUUCGAAAGCAUGGCUUCCCUGGCGGCUUCCACCGCGGCUAUGUCAGAAAUCCUUGGAAACCCCGUUAACCUCAGAUGCGCAACCAGGUCUGCUCCAUCACCAACUACACCUGCCACCUUCAAGACCGUCGCACUUUUCUCCAAGAAGAAGCCAGCUCCACCUCCAAAGAAAAAGCCUGCCGCUGUAUCCCCCGCCAAUGAGGAACUCGCCAAGUGGUAUGGUCCUGACAGAAGGAUCUUCUUGCCUGAGGGUCUCUUGGACCGAUCUGAGAUCCCCGAGUACUUGACCGGAGAAGUGCCUGGAGAUUAUGGUUAUGAUCCGUUUGGUCUUAGCAAGAAGCCAGAGGACUUCGCCAAGUACCAGGCGUUUGAGUUGAUUCAUGCCAGAUGGGCAAUGCUUGGUGCUGCUGGAUUCAUCAUUCCUGAGGCCUUUAACAAAUACGGAGCUAACUGUGGUCCUGAGGCUGUUUGGUUCAAGACUGGAGCUUUGCUUCUUGAUGGGGGUACAUUGAACUACUUCGGGAAACCUAUCCCCAUCAAUCUUAUUCUUGCUGUUGUUGCUGAGAUAGUUCUUGUGGGUGGUGCUGAGUACUACAGAAUUAUUAAUGGCCUGGACUUGGAAGACAAGCUUCAUCCGGGUGGUCCAUUCGACCCAUUGGGACUAGCAAAGGAUCCAGACCAAGCUGCACUUCUAAAGGUGAAGGAAAUUAAGAAUGGUAGACUAGCUAUGUUUGCAAUGCUUGGUUUCUACUUCCAAGCAUAUGUCACUGGAGAAGGUCCAGUUGAGAACUUAGCAAAACAUCUCAGUGACCCUUUUGGUAACAACUUGCUCACUGUGAUUGCUGGCUCCGCUGAGAGGGCUCCAACUCUGUAAAUCAAUCAUCUUUAUGCUCUUCUCCACUCUUAAAUGUACAAUACAUCUCACUAUAUAAGACUUAAGGCAUUUUACUUUAUUCCUUGGAAGCCAAAUUACUCUUAAUUUA